AUGGAAGCGUGGCUGGACGACCACUUGGAGUUCACCCACUCCUACUUUAUCAGGAAGGCGUCAAGGGAGAUGGUUAAUGCCUGGUUCGCUGAGCGUGUUCACACCAUCCAGCCUUCUGCCUCCAAAGAAAAUCCUCCACAGCAGCGGGCGCACCACCCAGCCCCUGGCACCCCGACUCGCAAAAUCUCGGCAUCAGAGUUCGACCGCCCGCUCAGACCCAUUGUGGUUAAAGACUCGGAGGGCUCGCUGACGUUUCUGAGCGACGCCGACCGUGAAACCGUGCCUCUCUGGGGCUCAGGGAUGGGUAGUGGCAGCGGGGGUGACCGCUGCACCAGGCUGCUGGAGCUGGUGAAGGACGUGUCGAGUCAUCUGGAUGUGACAGCACUCUGCCACAAGAUCUUCCUCCACAUCAAUGAGCUGAUCGCUGCCGACCGCUACUCACUGUUCCUGGUGGGUGAGGACAGCUCCAACAGAAAGUUCUUGGUUAGCCGGCUGUUUGAUGUGGCCGAGGGAUCCACAUUGGAAGAAUCCUCCAGUAGCUGCAUCCGGCUGGAGUGGAACAAGGGCAUUGUGGGACACGUAGCUGCAACGGGCCAGGCACUCAAUAUCAAGAACGCGUAUGAGGACCCCAGGUUCAACGCUGAGGUCGACCUGAUCACAGGUUACAAAACCCAGAGUAUCCUUUGUCUGCCCAUCAAGAACCACAGAGACGAGGUGGUCGGAGUGGCUCAGGCUAUCAACAAGAAAUGUGGGGAGGACGGUGCCUUCACUGAACAGGAUGAAAAGGACUUCUCGUCCUAUUUGGCCUUUUCGGGCAUCGUCCUGCAUAACGCUCAGCUCUAUGAGACAUCGCAGCUGGAGAACAGACGCAAUCAGGUGCUCUUGGACCUGGCCAGUCUGAUCUUUGAGGAACAGCAGUGUCUGGAGGUCUUACUGAGGAAGAUCGCAGGAACCAUUCUGUCCUUCAUGCAGGCCCAGGCUUGUACUGUCUUCAUUGCUGACGAAGACUCAAUGAACUCCUUCUCCAGUGUCUUUCACAUGGAAUACGAGGAGCUGGGUGAAGUCCUAGACGCUCCCAAAAGGGACUGUGAUGUCAGUCAGAUUAACUACAUGUACGCUCAGUACGUUAAAAACACCAUGCAGCCUCUCAACAUUGCAGACGUCACCAAGGACCAACGCUUCCCCUGGACAAGUGAAAACCCAGAUCACAUCAGCAACCAGAUAAAGAGUUUGCUCUGCACCCCCAUUAGGAAUGGCAAGAAGGACAAAGUCAUAGGUGUAUGUCAGUUGGUGAACAAGAUGGAUGAAGCGUCGGGCAGCGUGAAGGCGUUCAACAGGAAUGACGAGCAGUUCCUGGAGGCAUUUGCCAUCUUCUGUGGUCUCGGCAUCCAGAACACACAGAUGUACGAAACUGUGGAGAGAGCCAUGGCAAAGCAGGAAGUCACUCUGGAGGUCCUGUCGUAUCACGCCUCCGCUGCAGAGGAAGAAUCCCGGGAACUCCAGGUAACCGCGGUCGCCACAGUUCCAUCAGCCCAGUCGUUGCGGCUUCUGGACUUCAGCUUCAGUGACUUCGACCUGUCGGACACUGAAACCACGUGGGCUACCAUCCGCAUGUUUGUGGACCUCAACCUGGUCCAGAACUUCCAGAUGAAGUACACGAGUUUAUGCCAGUGGAUUUUGAGUGUGAAGAAGAACUACAGGAAGAACGUGGCCUAUCACAAUUGGAGACACGCCUUCAACACAGCCCAGUGCAUGUUCGCCCUCCUCAAGUCAGGACGCUUACAGAAUAACCUCAGCGAUCUGGAGAUCCUGGCUCUGAUGAUUGCGACUCUCAGCCAUGACCUGGACCACAGAGGAGUCAACAACUCCUACAUACAGAGGAGUGACCAUCCACUGGCCCAGCUCUACUGCCACUCUACCAUGGAGCACCACCACUUCGACCAGUGCCUCAUGAUCCUCAACAGCUCUGGAAACCAGAUCCUGAGCGGCCUCUCUCUGGACGAGUACAAGACCACUCUGAAGAUGAUCGAGAGGGCUAUUCUCGCCACUGACCUUGCCCUGUACAUGAAACGGCGAGGGGAAUUCUUUGAGCUCACCAAGAACAGCCAGUUUGUUUGGGAGGAUGAACAUCACAGAGACUUACUGAGGUCAAUGCUGAUGACUGCAUGUGACAUCUCAGCCAUCACCAAGCCUUGGCCGGUGCAGAAGAGGAUUGCAGAGCUGGUGGCCACUGAGUUCUUUGAACAGGGGGAUAAGGAGAGGCGAGAGCUGAACAUUGAACCUAUUGACCUGAUGAAUCGUGAGAAAAGAGACAAGAUUCCCAGCAUGCAGGUGUCCUUCAUUGACGCUAUCUGUACUCAGUUAUAUGAGACCUUGGCUGGAAUGUCAGAGUAUUGCUCCCCGUUGUUGGAAGGAUGUCAGAAAAACCGGCAGCAUUGGAAGUGUUUGGCUGAGGAGUGUGAGAAGGGACUGGUCAAUGGCUUGGUGUGAUCCCACAGCCAGUUUGGCUUUUGACCAACACAAAUUCCCAGGGUUCGCCCUGUC